UGCUGCAAUGAUUUUGGAGAUCACAGAUGCAUGCUACUUGCUCAAGUCUAUUCUUGGAAGUCGUAUUACCAAAUUAAAGGUUCUCAACAUUUCUCGGGGUACUGCAAUUUUUACAUUGCAUAUGAUAAUUGUUAUUACUGAGAUCUACAUUCCUUUCAUCAAUUCACAAAUACACAAUCACAGACAUCCUGAGAUCUAUCAUACGUCCAGCCGCGUUCAUUUCACAAAAUCAGAAGUUAAGCCUAAAGAUCUGAACCGAGAAGCCGGACCUCCGGUCUACUUCUCCCUCCUGGAUCCACCCCGACUUAUUAAGCAGUUAGGCCGACCCUUCCAUACUCAUUCAAGGCAGUGCAGAGCUUUUGCUCCCCUGCCCAGAGGCAUCUACACUGGUCCCAGCCUCUCGUCCAACUCCCGUAGGACGCCAAGCAAUACGGAGUUCGAGAAGCUCAGAAAUCUUCUGAGCCCCACCAGUCCACACUAGGUUGCAAGCCCGCAGCACC